AUUCGUGUGUCAGAUUUUUGUCGAUUUGUCGUCAAGCAGAGCGAACGUCAAAAAGUGCCACGGCUCGUGUUUUGAUAAGCUUUCCCGAACGCGUUCGGCCACCGGCUGCCUCACGAGCGGCCGAAUUCGAUAAUGAAGUUCCGAAAUUGAUUUCUGAAGGCUUAAAAGUUUUAGAGCAAAGAUGCCUUUGCCCGGGAACGGAAUCUACGUGGUCCAGGGGGAGAUUUCCACCCUAUUGACUGCGAUGCGAAGAGGGGUCAGGUGGUCUUCACACAGCUAUGUGGACGAGGAACAAGAUGCUCUAAUGAGGAGCUUCACCGAUUUGAAAGAUGUGCUGAACCAAAUUGGAGAUCUGAGAGAUCUGGACCCGAACCACUUUCUCGGCCCUUUCCUUGAAGUAAUCCGGUCGGAAGAAACGACUGGCCCAGUUACUAGUCUAGCUUUGUCUGCCAUCAACAAGUUUUUGAGCUAUGGCCUAGUUGACCCAAAAGGCCGCAGCAGCAUUCCAGCCACAGUUGAGAACAUUGCAGACGCUGUCACUCACGCUAGAUUUGUCGGAACCGACCAGGCCAGCGACGGAGUUGUCUUAAUGAAAAUUCUCCAAGUUUUGAGGACAUUGAUUUUGCAUCCCGGCGGAGUUGCUCUGACAAAUGAAAGUGUUUGCGAAAUUAUGCUCAGCUGCUUUAGAAUUUGUUUUGAGACUAGAUUGAGUGAGCUCCUGCGUAAAUCUGCUGAGCAUUCUUUGAAAGACAUUGUCCAACUCCUAUUUUCCCGUCUGCCUGAGUUUGCUGAUGACCACAGAAUGUCUGGGAAGAAGCUAAAAAUGAGAGCCAGCAGCAUAGAUGCUUCAAAUCGAAAGCACAAAAAGAGCAAGGCAGGUUUGCGCCCGAAAUCAAAAUCAGUCGACAACAAAGAAUCCGCUUCAACGUCCGGGACAGAUUCUAGUCACAACGAUAAGAUCAAUGAUGUUGUAAAAACGCCAGAGCCUAUGACCGAGAGUCCUCAACCUGGUGGAAGCCUUGCUGCUCCUAAACAGGAGCACCUGUCUACAACUCCGAUGACACCUGCGGGCAACAUUGUGGACAUGCAAGGGGCCAUUCACCAGUCGCCUACAAUUCCAGAGGAAGAAAUAACUCCCGAGAGGGCAGUCAGUGCAGAUUCGGGCCCAGAAUCAGUUGUGGCUGAAACUUCCCAGGAAGAACAGGCCAUCGAGAGUGAAGAUAAGCCAGAGUUGACCGUACCUAGUACUGACAUUGAUUGUGGUCCGUGUGUUGUCAUUACGAUGGAGGAUGCCAUGGACGAAGAAGCUGCUCCAAAAAAGGAAGAUGAGAAUCAGACAGAGCAAGAAAAUUUAGUCGCUGAGGCACAAUCGCCAACUGUAGAGGAAAAAGGAUACCAGGCUGAGCUGCUUCAGUCAGAAGGUGAAACCGAAACAGUCGAGCUAGGCGAAUCAAGAGUAGACACCAAGGGUGGAGAUUCGGAGCCAAAAGGAACAGCUGUCGAAGAUUAUGUCAAUGAGCAAGGUGUUGUAUUUAUGGCCCAAGAUAUCGGAGCUGAAGCCCCCUUGAUCCCGUAUGGUGUUGCCUGCGUUAGAGAGCUCUUUCGCUUCCUCGUGUCUCUCUGCAACCCUCUCGACAAACAAAACUCUGAGGUGAUGAUCCACAUCGGUCUGACCCUUUUGACAGUAGCAUUCGAAAUUGGUGCCGACCACAUCGGCCGCUACAACUCUCUCCUCAGCUUGAUUAGGGAUGAUUUGUGCCGCAAUCUCUUCUCGCUCUUGAGUUCUGAGCGACUUUCCAUUUUUGCAACCAAUCUCCAAGUUUCGUUUUUGAUGUUUGAGUCCAUGCGGACACAUCUUAAAUUCCAGCUUGAGCUUUACCUCAAUAGGCUGAUGGAUAUUAUUGUAUCCGACUCGCCAAAGACACUGUAUGAACAAAAAGAAAUGGCUCUGGAAUCUGUUGUUCAGCUGUGGAGGAUUCCAGGCUUGGUGACUGAGCUCUACUUAAACUAUGACUGUGAUUUGUACUCCCCCAAUUUGUUUGAAGACCUCACCAAACUGCUCUCAAAAAAUGCAUUCCCCGUCGCUGGACUUUACAACACUCACCUACUUUCCCUAGAUGCUUUGCUUACGAUUAUUGACGCCAUCGAGUGUCACUGCCACAACAGAAUAUUAAACCAACGUCAAGAGGUCAAAGGGGGAGACAUCGAGUCGCCUCAAACAGACGAAUCUAUAAAAGCUCUGGUCGAACAGAGCCCUGCUUUUGCCUUCCGAAAUGGCAGGCAAAAGGUUUCCAAAACUAUCCCAAGCCAUGAGCAACUGAUGGCCAUAAAGUGCAAAAAGAAGCUUCUUGCCAAUGGUACAGAGCAAUUCAAUUCAAAAGCCACCAAAGGCAUUUCGUUUCUUCAAGAAAAUCACCUGCUCUCGACUCCUCUUGAUGAGAACGAAGUGGUUAUUUUCUUAAAGGAAAAUCCAAAGUUGCACAAAAAGAUGAUAGGAGAGUACAUAAGCAACAGGAAAAAUCUCAAAGUAUUGGAAGCCUUUGUGAAGUCAUUCGAUUUUGUUGAGUUGCGAAUCGACGAGGCUCUGCGACUUUAUCUAGAAACAUUCCGUCUGCCUGGUGAAGCGCCCUUGAUAUCCUUAGUCCUUGAGCAUUUUGCAGACCACUGGCAUAAAUGCAACAAUGAGCCGUUUGCUAACGCCGACGCUGCUUUCACCCUGGCCUACGCUGUGAUCAUGCUAAACGUCGAUCAGCACAACUACAACGUCAAAAAGCAAAGCAUCCCGAUGACUAUUGAUCAGUUCAAACGGAAUUUGAAAGGAGUCAACGGAAAUCAAGAUUUUGACGAAGAAAUGCUAGAUGAUAUAUAUGAGUCAAUAAAGAAAGAGGAGAUUGUUAUGCCUGCUGAGCAGACAGGCCUGGUCAGGGAGAACUACCUGUGGAAGGUAUUGCUCAGACGUGGUGCCAGCAAAGAGGGUGUCUACGUCCACGCGCCUAACGGGUUGUUUGACCACGACCUGUUUUCUUUAAUUUGGGGCCCGACCGUUGCUGCUUUGAGCUUUGUCUUUGACAAGAGCAAUGACGCCACAAUUUAUCAAAAGUCAAUCUCUGGCUUCAGAAAGUGCGCCAUGAUUUCAGCCCACUACGGAAUGAGCAACGACUUUGACAACUUGAUCAUCUCUCUUUGCAAAUUCACCACUCUGCUGAAUUCAACAGAAACUCCAGAUAAUUUGACAAUCUCUUUUGGAAGCAACACCAAAGCCAUGCUCGCGGCCAAAACUGUUUUCAACCUAGCCCAUCGACAUGGGGACAUUCUUCGAGAGGGCUGGAAAAAUGUGCUUGACUGCCUGCUUCAGUUGUACAGAUGCAAACUAUUACCAAAGGCGUUGGUAGAAGCUGAAGAUUUUAUAGAUCAGUCUGGAAAAAUAUCGCUAAUCAGAGAAGAAUUGCCCUCGCAAAAGACAGAAACUGGGCUCUUCAGUUCUCUUUACUCUUAUUUGUCUUCGGAACCCACAAAUUACAAAGGCCCCUCACCAGAAGAUCAGGAGUACAUAAAACAGGCCCAACACUGUGUGCGGGAUUGUCAUUUAGAGCAUCUAGUGACCGAAUCAAAAUUUUUGCGGCUUGACUCACUUCAAGAGAUGGUUAAGGCAUUUAUUAUUGCCUGUCAUGGUCCAGACGGUCAUGUAACUUUGGAAAGUUCUUUUGACGAGGACGCAGCAGUAUUUUUCCUGGAGAUGCUGAUCAAAAUCGUCAUCCAAAACAGGGACCGUGUUAGCACAAUUUGGCCUGCAAUUCGAGACCACAUCUACAGCCUUAUCAUGGGAGCCACUGCCUGUGACCAUCACUUCCUGAUGGAAAGAUCAAUCGUUGGUCUCCUCCGGCUCGCCAUCCGACUGAUGCGAAGAGAGGACAUGAGCCCUGUGGUGCUUCAGUCCUUGAGGAUGCUUCUGUUGUUAAAAUCUCAAACUUUGUACCGCGUUUCUCGGCAAAUUAGCUUCGGGUUGUAUGAACUUUUGAAGACGAGCGCUUCAAAUAUUCAUUCCGAAACCGACUGGGCCAUUAUUUUCAACCUUCUGGAAUGUGUCGGCGCGGGAGGACAUCCUCCCAAGGUGGUUGGGGACAGUAGCCAGCCUUCCAGCGACCAAGGAGGGGCCAAGUCAGACGGAGAAAUACAUCCGACAAGCACAGCAGAGACAAGUGGCAUUGGAAGCGAGAGGGGCUACACUUCCGAUUCUGAACUUCAGUAUGGUGAAAACCUGAAAUCAAAAGCUCUUCAUCCAAGGCCUCUCAGCCCAGGAGAACCGGCACCUAGUGGCUGCAGCAGCCCAGGUGGAUGGAUUUUGGUUGGCCGAGAAGGUGAAAUCCAACCUUUGCAAGUGAAGCCUUUCCCUGUUAACCAGUGCAGUAUUGUCCACGAGAGAGAACUUCUGGCACACGACACACAUGCACUCGUAAAAUGUGUUGAGAGUUUGGCAUUUUUGGUCAGAGACGUUGCUCACAUCACACCAUACAAUUUUGAAAAUUGCGUCAGGUGCAUCCGCACAUUUGUUGAGGCCAGCAUCUUCAGCAACGACAAAAAGGUAUCUGGCAAACCUGGAGCUGCAAGAGAUACAAAAUCCAAAAAGAGAUCAAUCACCAAGAAAAGGGUUGAGUCUCAAAGAAGUCGAGAAAGAGCACUGAACCCCUACGAUGCAGACGAAAGUGAUCCCGAAGAUGUACCUAGCAGCUACCAACAAGUGUCUAUUCAGCUAUUGGACCUAAUGCACACUUUGCAUAUCCGCACAGCACAGAUUUAUAAGUGGUGGUCAGCGGAGCACGGGGACAUCUCUUGCAAUUCGCUCUGGUCAAUAGGUUGGUGUCCACUGCUGCAGGGAAUAGCAAGGCUUUGCUGUGAUAGUAGGAAGCAGGUGCGAACAAGUGCAAUUACAUACCUACAACGGGCGCUCCUCGUCCAUGAUCUGCAAACUUUAACACCUGCUGAAUGGGAAUCCUGUUUCAACAAAGUCCUGUUUCCACUUCUUGCAAAACUGCUUGAGCCUGUUGGUAACGAGAGUGAUGACCCAGCAGGCCUUGAGGAGACGAGGAUGAGGGGAGCCACCGUUUUGUCAAAGGUCUUCUUGCAUCAUUUAACUCCACUUCAGUCACUUCCGACCUUCACAGCACUAUGGCUUACAAUCCUCGACUUCAUGGACAAAUACAUGCACUCCGACAAGUCUGAUCUUUUGAGUGAAGCCAUCACCGAGCUGUUGAAAAACAUGCUCCUUGUGAUGGACUCGGCCAAAGUCUUCAGCAGUGCAGACGGCUACUCUCAAUUAUGGACCAUCACUUGGGAUAAGAUCAGCACUUUCCUUCCACACUUGCGUGAAGAUUUGUUCAAAUCGCAUCCUUCUGUCGAGGAACACCACCGAAGUCCAGAUCAGGUGCCUUCUCCGACAAGGCAAAGUCCCCUUCCGGGUGAAACUUCUCCACCGCCCUCGAGUCCUCCACCACAAAGUGCAAUGCCUAUGGCACGACCUUCCAGCAUAAUACUUCAGCCUCCGAUGCAAACAGUUGCGACUCCAAUUUUUAGUCCGACUACCCAGCCUUUACCGCUCAGUGCCGUCACCACCGCCCCGCCAGCUUUUCAGCCGAGUCCUGAGUCGCCUGACCCUGCAUCCUUUCCCGUUUUUCCAAGUACCUAUCCUCUGACCGCCCCGUACUUCAUGCAGACUGGAGUUUCAAACUCGGUUUACACCCAGAAUCCUACCCCAUUCUACCCUGAUUCCAACCAGCACUUUAGUGGCUUUUACGAUAAUUAUCAGCAGGCACAGCAGUAUGUGCCAGUUAACCUCCCCGUCGCUUCUUCACCAAUUCAACCAGUUCUGAACGCGCCGAACAAUGUGACCGUCUCGACGCCGAGCGUUGGUCUUCUGUUGGACCCAAACUUGAUGAAGGGCACCAGUCUGCCCGCCCUGCAAAUUGUGUCUUCGCCUGGUCCUCAGAAGGAGGGCAAUUAACCAAUUGUCCAUUCUCGAGUCGCACUAUAGACCGCUAUAGACAUUCUCCAAACUGGUGAUACACUCUGUAUGUAAUAAUAUUAAAUACCCUUUGCUUGCUAAGAGGUUUGAUUUAUUCAACUUGAAAUGUCUAACAGAAAUAAGUAACCGUUUGUGCAGUGGAAUCGUUGUUAUCCUUUGGCUAUUUUAUUUGUUCAAAGAAUAAGCCACUUGUCGACUCUUAUUAAAUUUUGAAAAUAUUGUUUAAAAUAAAUGCUUUUUAUUUAAU